UCUCUUCUGUUACGUUUAUCAGAUAACGUUCGUUGGUGCGUGCAUGGCAGUCUUUGGAUAUGUGGAAAAGCACCAGAGACAUGCUUUGUUCUUUACGAAAAUAACUGCAGAGAAAGAAAACUGCAUUUGGAUUCGAAAAAUUUUUUUCACUACUGAACCUUGGAAAUCGAAUAAAGACACAAAAACCCGAACUUCAUCAUUUUGGAUGCAACUCGGUAAUAUUUUAUCAUUGUGGUACGUCAAGAUUGCAAUUUUCUUCAUUAUGGCAGGUUACGUGACUGUUGGAGUUUGGGGAGUGACAAAAACAGAUAAUAUAGGAUCUUUUACUUAUGUUUUUACGUACGAUUCAUAUUUUCUACAAUACCAUAAUAAUAUUUUUAAACAUUUUAAUAAUUACGAAAACGGGAUCCAAAUCGUUGUCGAUCAAGAAAUAAAUUAUGCAGAUGUGAAAAUUCAGAACCAAAUAGAGAAUCUUUUCUCUGAAAUGGAGAGAGAAGGGUUAACUGCAGAUUUUCUUACCGAGUCUUGGCUCCGAAGUUUCUUGAAAUUCGUCAAAGACGAUUCGAUGGUUUCUAUUGUAAAGUCAUACAAUAUGAGCGACACAAAAGAUUUUAUUGCAGUACUGCGCCGAAUGUUUCUACGUCAUCCCUAUGCUCAACGAUUUCGUAAUGAUAUUGCAUUCAACUCUGACUAUACAGCUAUCGUUAUAUUGCGACUUUGAGGAUCCCAAUGAACGUCUUCGUCAUAGCAUCGAUUUAAUCGGACUCGCAAUAUUUCAAGGUAGUGCAUCAACAAUAAUUGCAGUGUUACCUUUAGCCAUUCCUUUGGCGUAUGUAUUUGUCACGACUUUUAAAUUAACCUUUUUGGUUAUUUUAUUUUCUUUCGUUACUGCUUUGAUAUUUUUACCGGUAAUUUUAUCGGCACUGUAUUUCUUGGAACCGAAAAUGUUUUGUAAACAUA